AUGGGCUCCGUGCUGCCAGUCGAUGCUCUGGUGCUCAAGUCUGGAUUUAAGUGUCAGAGUCACUCGCUGUCAGACAUCAUCACCUCCGACAUUCUGCACAGCUUCCUUUACGGGAGGUGGAGGAACGUGUUGGGGGAGCAUCUGAUGGAGGAGAGACACAACACCAUCAGCCCCAAAACAGCCUUCACGGCCGAGGUGCUGGCCCAGUCCUUCGCUGGAGAGGUGCAGAAGCUGUCCAGCCUGGUGCUGCCCAGCGAGGUGGUCAUCGCCCAAAGCUCCAUCCCCGGCGAGGGCCUCGGCAUCUUCUCCAAGACCUGGAUCAAGGCCGGCACUGAGAUGGGCCCCUUCACGGGCCGAGUGCUGUCCCCGGAGCACGUGGACCUGCUGAAGAACAACAACCUCAUGUGGGAGGUUUUCAAUGAGGACGGCUCGGUGCGCUACUUCAUCGACGCCAGCCAGGAGGAUCAGCGCAGCUGGAUGACGUACAUCAAGUGCGCGCGCAACGAGCAGGAGCAGAAUCUGGAAGUUGUGCAAAUCGGCAGCAGCAUCUUCUACAAGGCGGUGGAGACCAUCCCUCCCGACCAGGAACUCCUCGUCUGGUACGGUAACACCCACAACACAUUCCUGGGCAUCCCUGGUGUCCCGACCAUCGAGGAGGAACAGCAGAAGAAGACUCGAAACGAGGACUCUCAUUCCUGCGAUGGCUCCACCUCAUCAUGCUCCCCAUCCUCCUCCUCUUCCUCGUCCUCCUCUUCUUCCUCCUCCUCAUCCUCCACUCUGCUAACCAGCAGUGGUCGCAUGCGCUGCGUGAUCUGCCACCGGGGCUUCAACUCGCGUAGCAACCUGCGCUCCCACAUGCGCAUCCACACGCUUGACAAGCCCUUCGUCUGCCGCUUCUGCAACCGCCGCUUCAGCCAGUCGUCCACGCUGCGCAACCACGUGCGCCUGCACACGGGUGAGCGCCCCUACAAGUGCCACGUGUGCCAGAGCGCCUACUCCCAGCUGGCCGGGCUGCGCGCGCACCAGAAAAGCGCCCGGCACAAGCCUGCCGUGGCAGCGGCGGCGGUGGCCCUGUCGGACCAGCCCACCCGGGCGUCCCCACCUCCUCCUCCACCCCAGCUCACGAGCAGCAUGAGCAGCAACCUCCAUCACCCCCACCACAACCACCACCACCGUCACCCCCAGAUACCCAUGGUGCACCACCACCACCACCACAUCCCCACCUUGGUGCUCUGAUCACCCCCACCAUGGUGCUCUUAUCCCCCCCACGGAGACAGAGUUGGGUCGAGACAACAUUGCACUUUAGGGCUGUAGGCAGUGACAAAGAGGAGGAGCUGUCAUGAGACAAGGACUGAUGUGAUACGUCCAUCGGUGGUUCAAAACAUUCUAAUUGGUUGCCUUAUUUGUUUUCCAAGUUUGUUGUUUUUUAUUAUUUCUAAUUUCCCCCAAAAAACUAAAACGUAUUUGAUCGAUUCAUUUUACGUCCACGCAGUAUAACAACUCGGGAAUAUUUUUUAAGAUGUUUUUGUACAGUCUAUUUGGUAUUCAAAAUGUGUUUAUAAAAAAGCACAUGAAAUAUGAGAUAUUUUUGAAUUUUAAAUCGUCUUUCCCAACUCAGGCAAAUUGUACAUUGUUCCAAACUGAAGGAAGGAACAGGCAGCAGAUGGUAGAAGCCCAGUGUAGUGCAUUCAUAUCGCAUCAUUCCACCACGUGAAAAACGGUCACUUUAUCUUUGUACAGUCUGCAUUCGGAUUGCAGGAUUAAUGGCAUUUCAAAACUUUAUUGUAAUGUACAUAUGAAUGUAAAUAUAUUUGUGCUUUCCUAUAUUUUAAAUAAAUCAUGAUAUAAAC